AAACAUCUCAGCUAUUACACAAACAGCAGACAUCCAUUCAUGUGACCACUGUCCACACCAAACAGUCUUCCCCAAUACCACUCUCUGAUCGUCUCCUUGCCUGCUACUCCACACAAGCUCCUGCAAUUCUUCUAUUCCUGUCGAGGCCUGACUUAGCGACGAGUGCACCGCUGUCUAUUUCGCUGUCUCGUCUGGUAGUCUGCAGCUCUCGGCGACACCGAUAGUUCUUGUACUUUUCUUCGUCGUUUCAUUUUUUUUUCUUCGGCACACCAAAUAGCGAAACAGCAUCAGGGCGAGCUGCAUUUUCGCGUCGUAGCAAUUGUGCACUUUCGCACGGCUUUCAGCCGGCGUUCCUCCCCCUUCCGCACCGGUGCAUUUUCGCCCACCAUCGAGGCUGCCUAUGGCGGAUCAUCAGGGCGAGGAGCAUGAGGGAGUGGCGGACAGAAGAGGCGGGCUGGCUCACGGAACGAAGGAGAAGAAACCGCGGCGCAAGGUGCAGUGGGACGAGGGCAACUUGACGUACAACGAGGAGCACAAGAGCGCCACCAUGACCAUCGACGAGCCCAAGACGCCCUUCCACCAGCUCUCGCUCGACCCGGAAGAAGGUAGGUUCAAUGGUGGCUUCCAGUUCUCACCAGGUAAGAGGUUCGUCUAGGGGGCGGUCGUGGCUGAAAGCUUGGCCUGUCACCUGGCCAAUUUUCGCAUGGAGGGUGAUUGCCUGCUGCCGCUGGAGGGUGACUGACCACCUCUGGCGAUAGCUGUGCAGUACCUUCUUUGCCACCGCCGACUUUUCGUCGGCCUGGUGGUUCCGGCAGGCUGAGAGGGCAGCCAGUACUCGGAGGAACUCGAGUGUGUCGGGGGAGCAGCAGCCGUAUGUCUCAGUGGUGACUCCCAGCACCUUCACAAAGGUGAGUCGUUCGUCGUACAGGUCCCGCUUCUUGCCCUGCAUCUCUGCCGCCAUCCACCCCGUCCCCUUUCGUGCUGUUGGGUCGCGGGUUGAGAUGGGGUCGGUGACUGUGACGUCACAGACCCAUACCGCGCCUGAGUCCGGGCAUCGGAGGGUGAUGUCGGCGCGGCGUUGGGCAGUUUCGGGUAAGUAGAGCGUGGAUUCCAUGUGGGCCACGAAGUGGGAUUCUCGGGCCAGUCGCAUCCCGAGGUUCACGAGCGCGUCGUGGGUCCGCUUUGGACCCCCGCCUAGGGUGCACCGUAGCAUGUGGUUGGGCAGCCGGUUGUCUGGUAUCGCCUGCUUUUCCCGGCAGUUGCAUUUGCCGGGUAGGGAGUGCUGCAGGCCCAUGCGGAAGGCUAGGGCCGUGGCAAAUUGCCCCUUGCUCAUGCUUAGGUCCG